GUUGUGGAUGUGUUAAAAAAAACUUCUGUAUUUUUGGUAGGCUUUGUAGGGAGGCUGCCCACAAAAGAGGGGGCACGCUGAACAGGACUUUAGGAUGACCGUGGGUCCGAGGAAGCGCAGCAGCGGCGGGGGCGGGGGCAGUCACUCGGAGCUCCAUGUCUCCCACUCGGGUGUGUGGAAAGAUGCAGGAGGAAACUCUGGGGUGGCUCUGAAAAAACAGAUUGGCCUAGUCAGUGCCUGUGCCAUUAUAAUCGGCAACAUCAUUGGAUCAGGGAUUUUUGUGAGUCCAAAGGGGGUCCUGGAGAAUGCUAGCUCCGUGGGUGUGGCCCUCAUUGUGUGGGUUACCACUGGAGUUAUCACAGCCAUUGGUGCUCUCUGCUAUGCAGAGUUAGGUGUGACCAUUCCCAAGUCAGGGGGAGACUAUUCCUAUGUCAAGGACAUCUUUGGAGGAUUGGCAGGGUUUCUGCGUCUGUGGAUUGCAGUGUUGGUUAUUUACCCCACUAACCAGGCUGUGAUUGCUCUCACUUUUUCAAACUACGUCCUGCAGCCCAUCUUCCCCUCCUGCCUCCCCCCAGAGAGCGGCUUACGCUUGCUGGCUGGUGUCUGCCUGAUGUUGUUGACAUGGGUGAACUGCUACAGUGUGCGCUGGGCCACAUGCGUCCAAGAUAUCUUCACCGCUGGCAAGCUUUUUGCCUUGGGUCUCAUCAUAGUCAUGGGUGCUGUCCAAAUAUGCAAAGGUCACUAUUACUGGCUGGAGCCAGCACACGCCUUUGAGACCUUCCGAGACUAUGAUGUCGGUCAGAUAGCUUUGUCCUUCUUACAAGGCUCCUUUGCUUAUGGAGGCUGGAACUUCCUCAACUACGUCACAGAGGAGUUGGUUGAUCCAUACAGGAAUCUACCACGUGCGAUCUUCAUCUCUAUCCCCGUGGUCACCUUCGUUUAUGUGUUUGCCAACGUGGCGUACAUCACAGCCAUGAGCCCGCAGGAGCUGCUGGCCUCUAACGCUGUGGCAGUGACAUUUGGAGAGAAAUUGCUAGGAGUUAUGUCAUGGAUUAUGCCCAUCUCUGUUGCGCUCUCCACCUUCGGGGGGGUCAAUGGCUCCCUCUUCACGUCAUCGCGGCUGUUUUUUGCCGGAGCGAGGGAAGGUCAUCUCCCACGUCUGCUGGCCAUGAUCCACGUCACACGCUGCACUCCUAUCCCAGCUUUACUGUUUACUUUGAUUUCAACUCUGCUGAUGUUGUGCACCAGUGACAUUUACACCCUCAUAAACUAUGUGGGUUUCAUCAACUACCUCUUCUAUGGGGUCACUGUUGCGGGGCAGAUUGUGCUGCGCAUCAAAGAGCCCGACCUGCAUCGACCCAUCAAGGUGAGCCUGGUGUGGCCAGUGAUCUAUUUGCUGUUCUGGGCCUUCCUGCUGGUCUUUUCCCUUUACUCUGAGCCAGUCGUCUGUGGUAUUGGUCUGGCAAUUAUGAUGUCUGGUGUCCCUGUAUAUUUCCUGGGAGUCUACUGGGAAAACAAGCCGCAGUGUUGUGAUUUUACUAUUGGUAAACUGACUCAUCUGUGCCAAAAGCUCUGUUUGGUGGUCUAUCCAGUCAUGAAGGACAACGUGGAGCCCCAUGGGCCUCAAAACAAAGAUGGAGAGGACGAGCCUUCAAACGUCUGAUGUGCAUAAA